UUAUAGGGACCCCUGGGACAUGAUCAUAUCCGAUCCAAUCUCAGCCUAUGAAUGACCCGUGAGAAUAAUUUAUUUAUUUUUAUUAUUCCUCAAUUCGUCAUAUUACAAUCGUAAAAUUUACACAGGAAUAUCAUGAUUGAGCGCUUUAGCACUGAGGAUGCCUAGUUUAGCGCGAAAGCUCCUUAUAUGUGCUGCCGUUGACGGCCUCAUUAUCCAACCUCUUGCGACAAAGGGCCAGCGAACACCUCCGCCAGUUCAAAUUCAGUACGGAGAUGCUACAGUUUCCUCGCUCCCACGCGACCAAUUUCCAGAUACCUCUAAGCCUAACUCAUCCUUCGAGGCUUUUGGGAUAGUAGGACUGUUUACAGUAUCCCGCUUAACCUAUCUAAUUACUAUUACCGGCCGCCAGCAAGUCGCGCAGAUUCGCGGAUUUCCUGUUUACGUAGUUACCGAUGUAGCGCUUACGCCAUGCACGAGCCAAAACGAAGCUGAGUCCGCUGUCGCAAGUACCGCGACUAAACUUCGACGCGCGUCGGCCGAUAAAUACGUUGACGACAGCGAUUCUGAAAGCGAAGUCGAGGCACCCUCGCUAACCGGCGGCGAUGACGCGGAAGACCCCGGCGCGUUAAGCGAUCGAGAGAGUUCCGUUCAUAAAGGUGCAUCAGGCGCAAAUGGUGAAAGAAGUAGUAUAGCAGAAGAUGUUAUUAAACGCCGUGGGAGCUAUGGACGAUUCGCACAACGAUGGUUCAGUCGCAAAGGCUGGAUGAUGGACCAGAAGCGAAAUUUAGGUAUGAGUAGUGUUACAAGUGAUCAAACGGGCGAAUCCACGAAUAAGGCGAAAAACGGAAACCCAGACAAGGAGUUGAGUGACGCGGUAAAACGAGAGAGGGUUGACCCACCACCGACGCCUUCGGCUGGUGAGAGUCUUAUGCCCAAGCUACUACGAUUUGCGCAUAUUUGGCUCGGAACGUCCAGGAGCUUUUUCUUCUCUUAUGACUUAGAUAUUACGAGAAACACUGCUAGCCAGUCCGCCACGGCAACAGCAGGGAACCCUUCAUUACACGAACAAGCAGACCCCACGUUUUUCUGGAAUCGGAAUCUGUUGAAGCCAUUCCAAGGAUAUGGCGAUGAAUCAUUAUUAUUACCCUUAAUGCAAGGUUUCGUGGGCCAAAGGACAUUCGUUGUGGAUCGGCAUCCGCCACAAGUUGACUCUCAAGAAGAUUCUAUGGAGAUGAACGAUAUGACACCAACUUUAGAGACCGAUAUUGAAUUCCCUUCAGCUGAGAGAAAAUCAGUUGAUUUAAGAUCGUCAGAAAAGAAAUACGCCAUAACCGUGAUUUCUCGGAGAUCAACUAGAAGAGCCGGGUUGCGAUAUCUGAGACGCGGCAUAGAUGACAAUGGACACGCUGCGAAUUUCGUCGAGACAGAGCAGAUACUCUCAACCUCCUCCCGGGAACCGUUAUCUAGAAUAUACUCAUUCGUCCAGGUCCGAGGCAGUAUACCACUUUUCUUCACUCAAUCACCAUAUUCCCUUAAGCCGAUUCCAGUACUACAACAUUCCCCAGAUGCAAACUUCCGGGCGUUCAAAAAACAUUUUGAAUUAAUGAGUAAAACAUAUGGAUCUUUGCAAUUGGUAAACUUGGUUGAAAAACAUGGUGUUGAAUCCAUAGUUGGUAAUGAGUAUGAGAAAGCUGCAAAGAGGUAUAAUGAAGAGAAGGCAGAUGAUUUGCAACCACUUGCUUUCGAAUGGUUCGAUUUUCACUCUGCAUGUCGCGGUAUGAAAUUCGAGAAUGUGAGCUUGCUUCUGGAUACCCUAGGCAGGAAGAUCGAAGCGACUGGUAGUACCGUGGAAAGAAAAGGACUAGUAGAACGAAAGCAAGAUGGAGUGCUAAGAACAAAUUGCAUGGACUGCCUGGAUCGAACCAAUGUUUGCCAAAGUUCCUUUGGCAAGUUCAUGCUCGAUCAGCAGCUGAAGGAAGAAGGCUUCGAUAUGUCGGCCCAACUUGACCAGGAAAACUCAUGGUUCAAUGCCCUCUGGGCCGAUAAUGGAGACGCCAUAUCCAAACAAUAUGCCUCUACCGCUGCAAUGAAAGGUGAUUAUACUCGAACGAAGAAACGAGAUUAUCGCGGAAUGGUGAAUGAUCUCGGUUUGUCUUUAACACGUUUUUAUAAUGGGAUGGUGAACGACUACUUCUCUCAAGCCGCUAUCGACUUUUUCCUAGGUAACGUCUCUUCCAUGGUUUUCGAUGAGUUCGAGGCAACAAUGAUGAGCAAGGACCCUGGCGUUUCAAUGUCAAAAAUGAGGGAACAGGCUAUUGAGACAUCCCAGAAGAUUGCCAUAGAAGAUGACAAAGAGGACUUCAUUGGCGGGUGGACGCUAUUGAGCCCUCAUGCAUCUGAUACUAUCAAGACCUUGCCGUUUGAAGAAGUAGUACUUCUUUUAACCGAUGCGGCUCUUUAUUUGUGCCGCUUCGAUUGGAAGCUUGACAAAGUAUCUUCUUUUGAGAGGGUGGAUUUGGCCCAUAUCGUCGGGAUCAAAGUUGGCACCUAUAUCACCUCGGCCAUAUCCUCUACAGAGACCGAUGAGUCGCGAAAUGUCGGGAUCGUAGUGACCUACGAACCCGGCAAGUUCGAUAUAAAGAGAACCAACACACGAUCACUUUCCAGCACGUCGGGAUCUGAUCAAACAUCGGGAAAGAAAGAUGUGUUCAAAGGCCCAGCAGCAGCCCCCGCCGCCGUAUCAGGCAUCUUAAAUCAAGGCAUUCUCAACGCUAUUACGGGAAAGGCGCAAUCGCAGCCGCCGCAGAAGAUUGCUCUUAAAGCACUGCAUUCCAGAACAGCUGUAUCGGACGCGAAAGACGUGAAAAGAAUGACAGAGAACGAGCAGAUCAACGUCAUCGCCACAGAAAUCGAGCGUUUAGUUCAGCUCAAUCAAACCGUUCCGGAAGACUCGGAACAGAAAAAGAGCCUUAUCGAAAGAGGCGAUAUCAUUUCUCUCGCUGAGGCGAAGAGGAGCACGGGGAUUCUUGAGCAGUGGGGUCAUAGCAUAAAGAAGCUGGUUUGGGCGUAGGCGGACUGAGUGUUGCUUGUUGGUCAGGUGUAUAUA